AUGCUACGCCCGAACCAACACAAAACACUUCCGGAAAUCCCCAAGCCUGCAACUCUUUCAGCAAAAACCAAAUCGCAUGGCAAACAGAAAGAAAAUGCAAAUUAUGACACAUACAAAACUCCUCAAAAGACAGUUUUUGCAAAGACUCCCUUUGUUAAACAAAAAGCACUCGGCACUUCGAAAUACAACGCAAUACCAAAAACACCAUAUAGGCCGCUUCAAGAUAAAACUAACAAGACGCCUUGUGUUUCGCAGGUGCUUGAAAGUGGUUACAAGACUCCAGGUGAAAAUAAGCUCGAAAGUGAAUUGCGGUCUGCAAUUAAUCCAAAGACAACUGGUCGCAAGAGACUUUCGACGACACAUAGCAGACAUUCGAGUAGUAAAAGUAGUAACAAGUUUGAUAACAUAGAGAGCGACAGUAGUACAUUAUUAGAAUGCAAGGAUAAGCUUCAGUUUACAAUAGACAAUGUACCGGAUGUGGAAUACUGUCCUCCUCGUAGUCCAGAGCCUCCUUUUGACGUGGAAGAGGAUCUUCGCGUGGAUCUUGAAUCCGACAUAUUAACACUACCCAUAAAUGCCGAUGCGUUUGAGUUUGAAGACGUCGAACUUGACAUACCAAUAAUUCCCAACAUGGAUGAAGGAGAAUUGCGACUUGGAGACAAAUCGCCUACUACUCUUGGAGGAAUAUAUGGAUUUGCGAGAUAUUACAAGAUGCCUUGCGAUGUUGAGGAGACAAUCGAACAAAUGUUGGGAGGACCACGAUCUUUUGACGAGAUACUAGAGGAAUAUCAUAAGAUCGAUUUUUCAUAG